AUGGUUGGCAAGGGGCUCAUACUUGCUCUCCUCCCUCUCAUAUCUCUCACCACCGCGGUGCCGAUUGUUGAGCACAAGACCCUCGAGCCUCGCGCUGGCAAAAUCAUGGGCAUUGCAGACGUUAGGGACGACGAAGGUGAUUGCAGGGGUGGCAGGGGGCGAUCGGCGGCCUGUCCUGCGUGGGGUCAAAGGCAGGAAGGUAUGUUUACAGCUGCUGGUCGUACCGUCGAUGCCUGGUUAGAGCCGCUAUUGCAGUCGGGUCAUUCCUCAACAAGCAUUGAUUCCACCACCGGCGAUUAUUACCCGACCACUACUGGGGGCCAAUACGUUAAUCCAGGCGUGGUAUUUGACGACUUUGGCCAGCGUAAAGAGUUAAAUUUGCCCAAACCAAAGGAGGCGGCGGGACGGGCUGCGAUGGCGCGUGCGCCGCCGUCACCUAAGCUGAACUGUUUCCGAAUGCCAUCGGUGGUGGGCAAGUCGUCAUCAAGGAAGGGGUGGUUUGGUUGUUGA